AUGGCGUCGAGUGUUUUGAGGAACCUCAUGAGAUUUUCGUCAUCAAGGAACACGAGCGCGAGAAGUUUCUGCCUCGUAACCUCUCAAAUCAGCAACCACACCGCCAAGUGGAUGCAGGAUACAAGCAAGAAAUCUCCGAUGGAGCUGAUUAAUGAAGUUCCUCCAAUUAAGGUUGAAGGAAGGAUAGUUGCUUGUGAAGGAGAUAUCAAUCCUGCCCUUGGACACCCGAUUGAAUUCAUAUGCCUUGACUUGCCCGAGCCAGCUGUUUGCAAGUAUUGUGGCCUACGUUAUGUUCAGGAUCAUCACCAUUAG